AUGGCUGCUGGAGGGAAAAAUACUAACCCCUUCCGUGGACCUGUUGAUGAGUCGUUAUACACCAUUGCUUCUGUUGGAGAGCCAGAUGAUCGGGAGGAAGACUUGCAGACUACUCCCCCUGUGCGCCCCAAGACACGGGCUACUGAGCAAUCUACUCCUGCAGAUUUGCAGCCUUGGCAAGAUGACCAGAGAACAGACGACCGACCUGUUCCGCCUCCACGUGCUAAGAUUCAAUUUACUACUCCUGUGGACUAUCUUGAGGAUGCUGUGCCCUCAAAAAGCCGUUCCCGGCAUUUUGCUGGAACUAAAGGACAAGCAAUUUUGGAGGAUGAGAGCCGUAGUGAUUCAGAGACUGAGCUGGAGAAUGAAUUUUGGCGGCGGCGUAGGCGACGGCCCAAUGUGAAUUUAUGGUCUGAGGAGGAUGUGGAAGAGAGAGCUGCGAGUCCCCGAGACAGGACCCGCCAAGAUGUUUCCUUGCCCAGACCUUCUAGAAGACGUAUGCCAGAUGUGCAUUUUUGGUCAGCAGACGACGAGGAGGAGGAAGAGUUUACGAGGCCGAGGAGACCGGCUGACAGAGACAUCUCCCCCGUCCGACCUGCUCGACCUCCACCGCUUUCGCCGUGGGCUUUUGACCGGCGCCUGUUUCCAACUUUUAAAGACGGCCAAGAUCCUCUUGGAUUUUUUUCGCUCUACGAACAGACUUGUAAGGACUUGGGUGUCCCUAAUCGUUACUAUAUGCUGAUUCUAAGAUCUCAAGUUACUGGAGUCCUUGCUGACUUGCUGGGGAAUUUGCCUGCUCAAGCUGCUGGAAGCUACCCCCAGUUUAAGACUUUGGCUUUGCAAAGAUUUGCUUUGUCUUCAGAGAACUACCGGCGGGCCUUUAGGAGAGUGGAGCGUAGCCAGGAGAACUACUAUCUAACUGCUGCCAAACUCUCCCAGAAUUUGGACCGCUGGCUUGCUGCAGAAGGUGUCCACUCGUUCCUGCAAUUAAAAGAGCUUAUGCUGAAAGAGCAAUUCUACAGAGUGUUGCCUGAAGACCUUACUGCCUUGGUUCAGGAUUGGGACCCUCAAACUCUAGAGCAAGCAGCUGAAUUGGCCCAGAAGAUGAAACUGCAUAGGCAGAGAUUUGGUGGAAAACCUGCAGUGGGAAGUGGAGGGACUAUUCGUCCAGCUGCUGAAGUUUCAAAGCCAGCUAAAGCUUCUGAGACUGGCAGCGCCUCUUCAGAGAAGAAGAUCACCUCCCCCACUGUGGCUGUGAGACCACGUUUGGAACCACGAUCGGGUCUGUGCUUCUAUUGCAAGGAAAAAGGACAUAAUGUUGUGGACUGUCCUGUCCUGAAAGCCAAAGGACAAAAGAAGACUAGUACACCUGCUUCUACUACUCGUGUUCGAACUGUGCAAGCAGCUCCUGCUGCCUCUCAGCCUGAAAAUUGGGAAGACGAUGCUACGGUGCCUGUCCAGCAAGCUGCGACUGCUGUUCAGCCAGCCCAGCCUACACAGCCUCCUUCGGCUCCUGUUACAGCUUCUGUUUCUGCUGCUGCGCCCAGUGCCAGCCAACCUGUUGCUAUGUCUUUCAUUGACCCACAGCAAAUAAAUUGGGCUCAAAUGGAAUUUAGUCAUGAACUGAGGAUUAACUUUGUUCAAGUUUCUGGCUUAAGAGAUUCUGGGAGCGACGUCUCAUCUGUUCAACGUCAACUUGUGCAACCUGACCAGUUCUUGCAAGGUAAAACCUUAACAGUUACUCCUUAUUCUAGCCAGCCUAUUCAGAAGGAGUUGGCGAAUGUGCAUGUUGAAUAUAAGUUCUAUAAUGGAUCACUGACUGUGCUAGUUCAUGAUACAGCUACUCCUGCAUUUUUGAUUGGAAAUGACUUAGCUUAUAAAUCCUUUUGCUGCAUGCCUGCUGAACUUAAACAACAGCAAAAGCCUGAACUUUGUGAAGUUAGUGUGUCAGCCCAGCCUGUUGCUGUAGCAACUGCUCCUCCUUCGGCUGACCGGCCAGCGUGCCCUGAACCUUCUGACUCUGCUGUUGUAAAUUCUCAAGUCUUUGCUGAUGAGCAACUGUUUAUUCAAGCCCAAAAGGCUGAUGUCUCUUUGAAAUCGUGUUGGGAAGCUGUGGAAAAAUCUCCUAGAUGCUUUGGCCAACCCAGAGUGAAAUUCCUUGUGGAAAAUGGAUUGCUUUACAGAGAAUAUGUUGCUAAGAAACUUGAUACUCCCAUCAAACAACUUGUCGUACCUCAGCCGUUCCGGGAGAAAGUUUUGCAGCUAGCUCAUGAAAAUUUGCUUUCUGGCCAUUUUGGAGUUAAACGGACUUUGGAGAAAGUUAGCCGCUCAUUUUAUUGGCCUGAAGUGUGCCAAGCUGUUACUGCUUUUGUCAAGACUUGUGAUGUCUGUCAACGUGAAGGAUUUUCUGCAGACCACCCUCGUGCCCCUUUGCAACCGGCACCUAUAGUGGAGGAAGUUUUUGCCAAAUGGGGGAUUGACAUUAUUGGACCUCUUGCUAAACCGUCCAGGAGUGGAAAGAAGUUUCUCCUGACUGUUAUUGAUUUUUCCUCGCAUUAUCUGGAUGUGACCCCCCUGGCCAACAUCACUGCUCCUGCUGUAGCGCGUGCCCUGCUUGUUGUGGCUUCCAGAUGGGGUCUGCCUAAGACCAUCCGAUCAGAUAUGGGACCUUCUUUGGUGAGUGGCUUAAUGAAAAAAGUUUUUGAGCUUGCUAAGAUUGAACAUCAAGUCACCAUCCCUUAUGCUCAUUGGGAAAAUGGCUUGACUGAACGUGUUAAUCGUACAGUGGGCCAGAUGCUGAGAAAAUAUGUAUUGGACUUUGGCCCUGACUGGGAAAAAUCUUUGCCUUUUAUGAUUGGGGCUUAUAAUGACACUUUGCAAGAGAGCUUGGGCUUUUCUCCUAAUCAGAUUGUUUUUGGCCGCUCUCUGAAUACUCCUUUGACUAUGCUUCGCCAGCAAUGGGAAGGCGUGUCUGAAUUGAAGCCUAUGUCUGUUGUGACUUAUUUCCACCAGCUGAAAGAGACUUUGGCUGCUAUUUGGGAAUCUGCAAAACUUCAUUUGACCAAAGCCCAGACGUUACAGAAGCGGGCUUAUGAUAGAAAAGCUGUGCCUCGAGAAUAUUUCCCUAAGGAUAAGGUCCUAGUCCUCAGCCUUGUUAAACCACAUAAAAUGGCUGUGAUGUGGACUGGUCCUGCUGAAAUUGUCAAAAAGGAGAGUGCUGUGCAUUAUUUGGUUGCCUUUCCUGAGGCUCACCCUCAGCCUAAGCUAUAUCAUGUGAACUCUUUGGAAAAAUACCAUGAGAGAUUGCCUGGCAUGUUUGCUCUGAAGUGUACUGAAGAUGUGCCUGAUCAACCCCUUGAUUUGCUCGCUGAGAGUAAAGACCCUGGGGGCAUUGACAGCAUUAUUUUUGAUUCUGCUUUGUCAUCUGAGCAAACUGCUCAACUUUAUGCUGUUCUGGAAAAGUUUGCUGAUGUCUUCACUAGCCGUCCAGGAAGAACCUCUUUGCUAACACAUACCAUCAAUACGCAAGAUGCUUUGCCUGUUGCUAGCCAUCCUUAUCGUGUUAGUGGCCAGCAUGCUAAAGAUAUUGCUUUGGAAAUCCAGGAAAUGUUGGAUCUGAAUGUUAUCAAGCCCUCUCAAUCAGCUUGGGCUGCUCCUGUUGUGCUCGUCCCUAAGAAGGAUGGAGGGAUUCGUUUCUGUGUGGAUUACAGGAAGUUGAAUGCUGUUACAGUUUCUGAUCAGUUUCCUCUGCCUCGCAUUGAUGAACUUAUUGAGAGGCUUGGCAGAGCUAAGUACAUUUCUGUUCUGGACAUGAACAAAGGCUACUGGCAAGUCUGUUUGGAUGAAGAUGCUUCUGUCAAAUCUGCAUUUGUCACUCAUCUGGGACUUUAUCAAUUUAUUACUAUGCCUUUCGGCCUGAAGAACGCGUCCAUGACCUUUCAGAGGUUAAUCAAUACCAUGCUUCAAGGCCUCUCUGAGUACUCUUGUGCCUAUUUAGAUGAUGUGGCAAUUUUUUCUGAUACCUGGUCUGAUCAUAUGUACCAUUUGUCUCAAGUUUUGACUCGUGUAAGAGAUGUUGGGCUUACUAUUAAGGUCUCCAAAUGUCAGUUCGCUUUAGCAGAAGUUUCUUAUCUAGGCCAUAGAGUUGGUGGUGGUACUAUUAAGCCUUUAGAGGCUAAAGUGCAAAGUAUUUUGGACUGGCCUGUACCUAAAACUAAGCGAGAAGUUCAGUCCUUUUUGGGCCUCAUUGGCUAUUAUAGGAGAUUUAUUAACCAUUUCUCUACCCUUGCUACACCACUCACUGAUCUGUGCAAAAAACGUCAGCCUCUUAAAGUGGUUUGGACUGCUCAGUGUCAGUCUGCCUUUGAGUCUUUGAAGGCUUGUUUGAUGCAGUCCCCUGUAAUGAUUGCUCCUGAUCCUGCUCAACCCUUUUUUGUACAAACAGAUGCAAGCCAAACUGGAGUUGGAGCCGUCCUGUGUCAAAAGGGGCCUGAUGGAACUUUACAUCCUGUUGUCUUUUUGAGUAAGAAAUUGCUGCCCAGAGAAUGUAACUUGUCUACUAUUGAAAAAGAGUGUUUUGGAAUUGUCUGGGCUCUGACUAAACUAAGAUCCUAUUUGUGGGGACAAAAGUUUACACUUCAAACAGAUCACUCCCCACUUUGCUGGUUAGACAGAGUUAAAAACUCUAACCAGAAACUGUUAAGAUGGAGCCUUGCUUUGCAAGAUUUUGAUUUCACUGUGCAACAUAUCAAGGGCUCUGAAAACAUUGUGGCUGACAGAUUGUCCAGAAUUUACUGUGAUGUUGCUGGUUAAAUUGUUUAACCUUGAUUGCUUUCUGUAACUGCUCUUAUUACCUGAAUUACAGUAUAUUUUGCUUUGCUUCCAAAUGUAAAACACUGCCUUUAAAUUUUUUCUUUCUCUUGCAUUCACAGUGGCUGCUAAUUUCUCAAGUUACCUCAUUUUACUGUUUUUAUGUGUUUUUACCCAUCCUUUUGUGUUUUAUUUAUGCCUUUUGGAAAUACGGGUCUUUUAAUAUUGCACAUUUUAUACUACUAGCAUUUUUCUUUUAGUUUUUUAGAUGAAAUUUGAGUAAACCCAGUAAUUUCAUCUCCUGAAGGGGGAAGAUGUAGAGAAAAAUGCUUAACUUUCUUUUGUUUUUAGCCUUUCUGAGGUAGAAUGGCUGCUUAAAACUUUGGUCAAGAGGCCUUGCUAUUCUAAGACAUUUUCUAGCCCACAAACUCCCCCUUUUCUGCUUCUAGCCGUUUCUCUUGAGAACGGAGAUGCCUCUCGCUUCUCGAACACUCUGACCUUGCAGAUUAGAUAAGACACUCAGAGCGAGAGAACCUCCAUGGCCAGACAGUAAACCAAUUAACAUUCUUGCUUCAUGAAACUAAUUGCACCUGCAAGAUGGGAGGGGGUGUCUUGGACUGCAGCCAUACACCUAACUCCUUUUUUGCACACAGUCACUUUUGACUAUGAGAUCACACUCUUGCUAGCCGAUUGGUGGACCGGCCCUCCCUUCUCGGGUGGCAAGAUUGGCAUAAAAAACCCAUUACCAAUAAUGGACCUCAGAUUCUGUCUGGGUUGCAGUAACCACUAUUGUAACUCGGUCAGUUUCUCAAACUGGCUCUGUCUGGGGAUGGACGUUCCUGAACCCAUCCAUUUUGCUGUGCUAUGAAGCCUGACUGAUUUUGCCUCUGUGACCAGAGAUUUUGCCUUUUGCCUUCUUGACAACUUUGACAAUCUACUUCUACUAUGAUAUUGGUAUGUAUAAGUUAGAGCAAAUAAAGCUAUAGGUAUUUUUGUUUUAUUCCUCACAGUCUGUCUUGUACCAUUGUAUGUGACCUUGCACCUUAAUAAAUAAUUAUAUUAUAUUUUGUGUUUGGGUGUGUGACUUU